UAGCAUCAUGGCCCAGAUCUGCAGUCCGACUUUCUCUGCUGGGUCUGCCAAGGGCCUCUGUGGCACCACAGGAAGCUUCUCUCGGAUAUCUUCCAUCCACUCCAUGGGCUCCUGCAGGGCUCCCAGCUUGGUUGGCACUGUGGGGUCCGUGUCCUCCUUCAGGACAGGCUUCUCUGGCCUUGGGAGCUGCUUGCCGGGCUCUUACCUGUCCUCUUCUGGCUUUGCUGGGAGCGGCGGCUGGUUCUGCGAGGGCGCCUUCAAUGGCAACGAGAAGGCCACCAUGCAGGUCUUGAAUGACCGACUGGCCAACUACCUGGAGAAGGUGCGGCAGCUGGAGCAGGAGAACGCGCAGCUGGAGUGCCGCAUCCGAGAGUGGUAUGAGUCUCAGAUCCCAUACAUCUGCCCGGACUACCAGUCCUACUUCAAGACCGCUGAGGAUUUGCAGCAGAAGAUCCUGUUGACCAAGUCUGAGAAUGCCAGGCUGAUAUUACAAAUUGACAACGCCAAGCUGGCUGCAGAUGACUUCCGGACCAAGUAUGAGACGGAGCUGUCCCUGCGGCAGAUGGUAGAGGCUGACAUCAAUGGUCUGCGCCGGAUCUUGGAUGAGCUGACCUUGUGUAAGGCUGACCUGGAGGCUCAGGUGGAGUCCCUGAAGGAGGAGCUGCUGUGUCUCAAGAGGAACCACGAAGAGGAAGUCAAUGCACUCCGUUCCCAGCUUGGGGAUAGACUGAAUGUGGAAGUGGAUGCUGCUCCUCCCGUGGAUCUCAACAAGAUACUGGAUGACAUGCGAUGCCAGUAUGAGACCCUGGUGGAAAAUAACCGUAGAGAUGUGGAGGCUUGGUUCAACACUCAGACUGAGGAGCUGAACCAGCAGGUGGUGUCCAGCUCGGAGCAGCUGCAGUGCUGCCAGACGGAGAUCAUUGAACUGAGACGCACAGUCAACGCCCUGGAGAUUGAGCUGCAGGCUCAACAUAGCAUGAGGAAUUCUCUGGAAUCUACCUUGGCUGAGACAGAGGCUCGCUAUAGCUCCCAGCUGGGCCAGAUGCAGUGCCUGAUCACAAACGUGGAGUCCCAGCUGGCUGAGAUUCGUUGUGACCUGGAACGGCAGAACCAUGAAUAUCAGGUGUUACUGGAUGUUAAGGCCCGGCUUGAGUCAGAGAUUGCCACCUACCGCCGCCUGCUGGAGGGCGAGGACUGCAAGCUUCCUGCCCACCCUUGUUCCACCGAUUGCAAGCCUCCUGUAAGAGUUCCUUACGUCCCUUCUACAACCUGUACCCCGGCUGUACCCUGCACCCCAGCUGGGCCCUGCAUCCCAGCUCCUCAAGUCAGCACCCAGAUCCGCACCAUCACCGAGGAGAUCAGGGAUGGAAGAGUGAUCUCCUCCAGGGAGCACGUGGUGCCCCGUGCAGUGUGAACAGCCACCCGUAGGGCCGAGGCCACAGGAAGGAGGACGCCUUGUGGCUCUUGGCAGCUAAAUGAUCUCACACUUCCCUAGGGCCCUCCUUGCUUAGCAGGUUUUUCUACUAAAAUUCAUCUAUUGUUUUUGGUCUUAACUGUGCUUUUUCCCGCCAUGCAAAACCAGGUUCCCCUGGAAAUAUUCCCAGUAAAGUGUUCUCUUGGCAUAGCAAA